AUGGUCAAGACGAAAGAUGCGGAAGCGUCGCUCUGCACGUCGCCUCCUUUGCCCCACAGCUCGGGCCGCGUCUUGCUACUAGCUGGCCCUCUUGCCGCGUGCUGUGUGACGCUGGUACCGAGCAAUCUCGUCGCCAUGAGCUCGUGAGCCCUCAACGCGCGCCAUCUAGGCACUCAAGAUCUACCAUCUAAUCGCAGUACUACUAUCUUUUUUGCCUGAAUGGAUGAGUGUAGAGGUGCGACAUAUCAAGCACAGACAACAUGAUGAAAAAAGUCUCGUCCGGUCAUGACCACGGUCCAACUUCGUUCUACCAAAGGAAGGACUUGUCGUCUUGAUGGGGGUCAACGUCGAAUAAGGUGGCGCUACCUCUGACUGACCCUGUAAGCACCGAAAUCGUGUCACAUGUCCAGAGAGCUCGACGACGAUGUGCAGAUCUAG